AAGAAGCAAAAAGAUUCGUUGUCAACAAUAAAAAUAUUUUAGCUGUCUCUGCAUUAACUAUUGGUGGAGUUGUACUUGGACCGAUAGUGUUUGUUGGUUUGGUACAGGCGAUCGGAUUCGGUUCGGGUGGUAUCGCAGCCGGAUCAUUUGCUGCAUGGAUGAUGUCAUUGCAAGGUGGUGCCACUGCUGCAGGUAGCCUCGUAGCUAUUCUGCAAUCAAUUGGUGCGGCUGGAUUAAGCUUAGGUGCAACUAUCGCCACAGGCGCUGGGGGUGGCACACUUAUAGGCUUUUUGUCAACAUUGAUAAUGAAAACAUUGGAGUCAGAUCCCGAGGGACGUGCUGAAUUAAAUUCUUUCGUUAGGAUCGACGGUGAUGAUGACAAUGGUAGUGAUGAUGACAAAGGCAGUGAUGAUGACAAAGGCAGUGAUGAUGGCAAAGGUAGUAAUGAUAAAAAAGGUAGUGAUAACAACAAAAGUGAUGAAAAACUUCUAUCUAUGGUGGUUUUUGAAAUAUGUGACAAGCUCCUUACUAAUAAGAAAGCAUUCCACAAGUUUCUCGAAAUAUUUACUUCAAUCCAGAAAACAGUUAAUACAAAACAGUUCAAAUUCCUUAUAGAUGAAAAAUGUGCUACGGAUAACGAAGAUGUUUAUAAAAGUCUUGAAGUUUUGUAUAAUCACUUGGUAAAAGACUAUGGAGAAGG